UUCCAGAUGCCGGGCACAGCAAGGCAUGACCGAGAGAUGGCAAUCCAGGCCAAAAGAAAUCUGUCCAAAACCACCGACCCCGUAGAAAGACUUCGCCUGCAGUGUUUAGCAAGGGGAUCUGCAGGCAUCAAAGGACUUGGCAGAGUAUUUCGGAUUAUGGAUGAUGACAACAGCAGGACCCUUGAUUUCAAAGAGUUUGUGAAAGGAUUAAAUGAUUAUGCUAUGAUGAUAGACAAGGAAGAAGCACAAGAGAUUUUCCGGAUAUUUGAUAAAGAUGGCAGUGGAACAAUUGAUUUUGAUGAAUUUCUUGUUACACUGAGACCUCCCAUGUCGAAUGCAAGAAAAGAGAUCAUCAUGCAGGCAUUUAGGAAGUUAGAUAAGACUGGAGAUGGUGUCAUAACAAUUGAAGACUUACGGGGGGUGUAUAAUGCAAAGCAUCAUCCCAAAUACCAAAAUGGAGACUGGACAGAAGAUCAAGUUUUUAGGGCCUUUCUGGAUAAUUUUGAUUCACCCUAUGACAAAGAUGGGAAGGUCACAACAGAAGAAUUCAUGAACUACUAUGCAGGAGUCAGCGCUUCAAUAGACACAGAUGUCUAUUUUAUCAUCAUGAUGAAGAAUGCUUGGAAACUCUGAUCAUAUGAUUAAAGGAGCAAGACUUUACUUCC